AUGUUUUCGAAAGACGAAAAGAAACUUUUAGGCGGCCUUACUUUUGGGUACUUUCUACUCUUUCAGAUCGCUCUCAGAACAGGAGACAUACAGUCAGAGCUAGAAGAAGUCACGAAGGAUGGGAAAAUGAAAGAGCUUCACAGCGGACUGAUGGAUUUUCACAAGAUGUUUAUGAAGAAAAAGGCGCAAGUUCAGCAAUUACAAAGUGUCCUGAAAAAGGAGGUGAAAGAACAAGAGUUUUUCGAGGAUCAGAUUCAGGCGGGAAGAGAUCAGCUCAAGACAUACAGUGAGUUAUGCGAGGGACGGAAAAUAAUUGAACCCUUUGAAAAGAAUUUGGAAAAAGAAUUUGUUGCUGGCGAUAAGCACACUUACGAUUAUCUUAAUGGAAACUUGACCAUACACCUUGAGAAUCUGGCUGUUCAGGAAGAAUAUGUUGAAAGACAUGAAAAAGCCGUCCAAACGAUCAAAAACGUGGGAAUCGCAAAAAUGAAUGCGAAAAACUCCGUCUUUACAAGCAAAUCAGCCAUGCUGAUAAAAGAAGUCAGCGAGUUUCUUGAACCAGCGAAGCUGACUAUGAUCAAAAGCGACAUUCUCGCAAAUGCGAAUUUCCUCAACGAUUUGGAGGAGAAAAUUGAGUUGGUUGAAGACAAGUUCAAUGGAAUAGAUUCUGCUGAUUUUGAUGAAACUGUUUGA